CGGUUUUUGUUGCAGAAACAGAGUGAACAUGUGGAGCUUUUCAUCUUCAACCUCCAACUUAUUACCAACCCUCACAUUCUUACCCAAACUCAACCAAACCUCGUACUCAAACCCAAGACUCCCCAAACCCCACUUCAUCUCAUGCUGUUCAGACCUCACCACUUCACCACCAUCCUUCACGGACCCACCGGGGCCCACCCUGCCCCCACCUGUUCUCAAGAAGAGGAGAAGAUACAGGAAACUAUACCCAGGUGAAAAAGAAGGCAUCACUGAAGAAAUGAGAUUUGUGGCUAUGAAGCUUCGAGAAAGUGCUAAGGCUAAGCCUAGGGUUAGGACUUAUCCUGGUAUUAGUGAAGUUGAGGAUAAGAGUGAGAGUGAGAGUGAAGGGAGUGGUGGAGAGGGGGAGGAGACGUGGCAGCCCACUGUGGAGGGGUUUGUUAAGUAUUUGGUUGAUAGUAAGCUUGUUUUCGAUUUUGUCGAAAGGAUUGUGGAUGAAUCUAGUCAUGUUUCUUAUGCCUACUUCAGAAAGACCGGAUUGGAACGAUCAGUUGCUCUUUCAAAAGAUCUAGAAUGGUUUAGUCAACAGGAUAUUGUGAUCCCUGAAGCAAGCAAUCCUGGAGUUGCAUAUGUGAAGUACUUGGAGGAACUUGCAGAGACGAGUCCCCCAUUGUUUCUUUGCCAUUUUUACAACAUAUACUUCUCACAUAUAGCUGGUGGUCAAGUUAUAGGAAAGCAGGUGUCUGAAAAGAUAUUAGAAUCAAAGCAGCUGGAGUUCUAUAACUGGGAGGGGGAGUCGGAAGAGUUGCUGAGAGGUGUACGGGAGAAACUCAACAUGCUAGGAGAGCACUGGUCUCGGGAUGAGAAAAACAAAUGCUUAAGAGAAGCAACGAAGGCCUUCCGUUACUUGGGACAGAUUAUUAGACUGAUCAUAUUAUAGAAUAAGAUCUCAACAUGGGAAACGCCUCCUGUUUACAAAGGUAAUGAAAUUCUACUCAGCACAUACUCAGCCCUUUGGCAUUAAUGGAGGUGGAAAUUAGCCACUGAGCAGUUCCUGGUAAUUGAUCAGUGCCAUGUGAUCAUCAACUUUUUCAGAAGACCCUGACCAGUGUCUUAAAUACAAAUAGUGGUAUCCAGAAGUAGAUCACUCAGAGCAACCAUCGUUCAAUUAAAACACCUCCGUCUCUGAAUUGUCUACUUGGAUUGAAGGUAGUAAGUUAUCUUUGUUGUCAUCAAGAUCUCGGGUGAGUGCUCACCGAUUAACUAUAUAAUUCUAAGAGAUUAGGAAUAGAUUAGCUAAUAUGUACAGCAUGCUAUAAAGUAUCACCAGUGAAGAUCCACAUUUAUUUA